AGGCUGCCCUUGAGACGGAAAGCACCAGCCUGGCUACUCCAGGGCGUCGCUUCUCUGGGGCUGGCCGCCUCCUCAGGCAGGCCUGUGGGCAGCGCGUCGGCCGAAGGACCUGGGCUGAGCUGCAGCAGCCGAGCCGAGAACCAUCUCUGUGCAGAAAAAACCAAACCACUUUACUUUCCAUUCUGCUGCCCGAGACAACCACAUCCUCCUCACACGCCGGCUCCCAUGGAGAGCUCAGAUGCGGAGCUGGACCUGCAGCGGAGCGUGCAGGCGGUGCUGCGGGAGCUUCGCGCCCAGGCCCCCGCCCUGCGGAGCAACCGGGGCAUGUGGCGGUGGUCCCUGCACAAGAAGGUGGAGCGCGAUCCUGGGAAGAGCCCGGCGCUGGUCCGCAUUCUGCUCCGGGAGCUGGAGAAGGCAGAACGCGAGGACACACAGCUCGUCAUCAUCCCUCUGCUGCACACGCUCAUGUACGUGCUCACCAAGGCCACAGGCAUCCCGCAGGAGCUCUACUGGAGGACCUACACCCUCUGCGUGCGGCUCCUGACCCUGCCCGCCCCUUACUGCACCGUGGCCCUGGACUGCGCCAUCCGUCUGAAGACCGAGUCAGCUGCCCCAGGGACGCUAUACCAGAGGCUGGUCAUUGCUGAGCAGAACCUGAGGAGCGAGCUGUACCCCUACCAGGAGAGAGUGUUCCUUUUCGUGGAUCCGGAGCUGGUGUCCCCCUCGGUGUGCAGCGCCCUGCUGCUGGAGAUCCAGGCGGCGCAGGCCCAGCAGAGCCCAGAGGCCUGCAUGCGCCACGUGGUCGCCCACGCCCUGCAGGCUGCCCUGGGUGCCACGUGCCGGGCGGACGCUCUGCAACGGAAGCUGCAGGCCAGCCCGCGCCGCGCCCUGGAGCGCCACUUCCACGCGGUGGUGGCCGCGGUGGAGCAGACGGCCAGCGAGCCCAGCGCCGCCGGGGAGGGGCACCUGGAGAGGCUGGAGGAGAUCUACUGCUCGCUGCUGGGGCCGGCGGCGGCCGCCAGGGGGCGCUGCGGCGGUGACGCCCUCCCGGCCCAGCCCCCCAGCAUCCCCCUGCCCAGCCCACACAUCACGUUCCAGCUGUGGACGGACGAGGAGCAGCUCUGGAAGGAACUGAUGCUCUUCCUGCGCCCGCGCUCCCAGCAGCACCUCAGCGCGGACUUGGAUGCCCUGGACCUGCAGGGCCUCCUGCCGGACCGGGAGCUGGCCCGCGCGUCCGUGCUGUCCACCGACAGCGGCAUCGAGCGGGACCUCCCCUGGGGCACCGACGAGCCGCCCGCCCCCGGCAGCCCCGAGCCGGAGCGCGCCGCGCUGCAGCGCAAAGGGGGCGUGAAGAAGCGCGCGUGGCUCCCCGACGUCAGCCACUGGGCGGGGCCCCCCGGGCUCCACCGGCGGACUGGCCAGCCCGCGGGGGACGGAGAGCUGCUGCCCGGGGUCGCCCGGCUGCACACGGCCCGGGUGCUGGUGCUGGGGGACGACAGGAUGCUGGGGCGCCUGGCCAGGGCCUACCACAGCCUCAGGAAGCGAGAGACCCAGACGUUCUGCCUGUCUCCCAGACUCAGCCUGCAGCUCUACUACAUCCCCGUGCUGACCCCUGAGAAGCGAGCAUCCUCCCGGCACCUGGAGCUCGGAGAGCUGGCGGCGUUCCUGGGCCGGGCGGACCCCUGGUACGAGAGCACCGUCAACACCCUGUGCCCGGCCAUCCAGAAGCUGGCAGAGAUGCCUCCCUCCCUGGACACGUCCCAGACCGUAGACCCCUUCAUCCUGGACGUCAUCACCUACUACGUCCGCAUGGGCACCCAGCCCAUCUACUUCCAGCUCUACACAGUCAAGAUCUUCUUCCGUGACCUGAGCCAAGACUCCGCAGAGGACGUUUUCCUCACUGAGCUGAAGGCGAAGAUCCAAGACUCUAAAUUCCCCAGAGAUGGCUUCUCCCCCAGGAGGAGAGGCGCGGCUGAGGCCCCGGGGGCUGAGCUCUCCCUGAGCUACCGGAAGGCCCUGCUCAGCCACCGGAUCCGAGAGGUUAGCAUUUCCCUGAGGGCCACCGGGCUGGUCCUGAAGGCCCUUCCAGCCGGUGACACCGAAGACCACACAUGCCUGAGUGUUAACGUGACGGAAGUUGUCAAGUCAUCCAACUUGGCGGGAAGGUCCUUCUCUGCGGUGACAAACACCUUCCGUGCGGCCAACGUGCAGGUCCAGAGCCAGGACCAGAGGCUGCUGACUCUGUGGCUGGACAAGGACCAUCGGCGCACGUUCAGGGAUGUGGUCAGAUUCGAGGUUGCCCCCUGCCCAGAGCCGGGGGUCCAGAAGUCCAAGGCGCUCUGGCUCAGUUCCCACCAGCAGCAGGAGGCGGAAAGGACCAAAGCCAAGCCCAAGCCCCUGCUCAUGCCUAUCAACACGUUCUCCGGCAUCGCCCAGUGAGCCUGAAGGGGCAGUGGACACGCUGAGUCUGAGAGCUGCAGGUUCACCAGGAAGGACACACUACCCACCGGUCCAAGUACUCACCCCAAUGGCCAGAGCAAGGCCAGGCUGCCCGGGACUGGCCCCAGCCGGGAGCCAGCGAGUGCCUGGGGCAUGAGGAGGCUGGCCGUGAGGUUGAUGGAGGCCACACGAAGGCCCAAGGGUGCCCGGGCAAAGCUGUGCACACACAAGCCCAGCUCCUUGCACAGCUGCCCGCUCCUUCCAAUUCCCGCCUCUCCCAGUCCAGCUUCCAGCUGGCCGUGAAGACCACAGUGACAGCUGCUGUUCUGGUCAGGGCCCCGUGUGCUGGGGGGAAAUGGGAAGUAGACAAAGGCAACUACACCCCCUCUGCCUCCCACGUCUGCUCCCGUCCCUCUGCCCACCUCACCCACUCCCGGGCGUGUCUCGGUUGAGAGGAGAGUGUCGGAUUCUAUAAAUGCACACUAAAGUUUCUGCUCUUCUCUAGCACCGGCGGAGUGCAUAUUUUAACAGGGACUGGGGGCAGGACUACCCUGUGAAUCCACUCGGGCCAGGUAGUGUCUCCGGACCACACGGUGACGUAGGGACUCCCAACACAGAGGUGGGAAUGCAGGCUAGUUUUGGAGAAAGCAGCGACUAGAGACAGCAAGAGGCUGGCUCUUGAGUUCAAACACUCACAGCCAAGGUAACACAGGGAAAGUCAGUGGCCCAGAACCAGUUCCCUCGCCCCCAGGACUAGCCGUGGGUGGGAAAGAAAGGAAGACAGAGAACAGAAAGGCGAGGCUUGAGCCCAAUCCCAUUCCGCUUGCAAUGAAAGCAAGUUGUAGACCAAAGCCUGCCACGCAUACACCCCCA